AUGUACAUGUCCUUCCACCUGACACCACAAACCUGCUUCGAGAAAUACUACCGACAUACCGUAUUCUAUUCCGAUGAAGAAAAUGCGAGAUUCUACAAUCGGUUCACAUCAGCAAGAUACCUGAUCGAAGAAGUUCAACGACAAAGAAACGUCGACGAACUAUUCGCAAAGUACCGUCCAAAGCAAAUCACCCGACGAGAUAUGAUCGAUGCCCUUAUAUUCCGUUAUAAUAACCCAUACGACAAAACGACACCAGAGGACAGUGUCCAGGAUGAUCACACAUUCCUUAUGGACGCUCUUCUGGACUCGAAGCAUCAGACAAGAACGGGAUAUAACAUGUUAAAGAGGGAGAUGGUGGAUCCUGUCAAAUUGAUCAAAGAGGUUAUGGCUGAAAGAGAGGAAACUCGUGAGAGAAAGCGACAAGAUGCUUUACAAAGGCUUAUGGGGACUGAAGUGACUCAAAUAAAAUACGGGGUUCCUCGUGAAAACGUCAGUGGACCACAUACGGUUAAACACAUUCCAAAUCCAGCAUUGCUUCAGCUUCACAGAGCCGAGGCACCACAGACACUUACCGAUUUGAUGACUGGCCCAGAUGCUCAUCUGUUUCAAGUAGGGGACCGAGAGGAUUCAGUUCUUCCCGUACCCCAUGAGGAGUUUCCAUCGAUAAUUCGAAGAUUGGCGAAUGAUGCCGACCAUCUGCAGAAGGAUGUGCAUAGUUUGAUCUCGCAGAGAAAUAUCUAUAAUGAAUACGUGAGGGAUCCCAUGAUGAUGUCCUUGACUAAAACGUUGCUGACACCACCCUUCAACUUCCAACCCGUGGAAAAGCCGCCGUCACCGCCGUCGCCGCCGCUGACGCCUGCGGUGAUCGAAAGGAGAAACAAAGUGAGAGCGAGACAGUUGCGGAGAGCCCAAGAAAAGGAGGAUGAGAGGGUCAAGAGACAUAUGGAGUCGAUAAUCACUGUGAUGCAGAAUGAAGGGUCAGAUGAGGAUGAUGGGGAACUGGAGGAGAUGAGUAUUGAUGAUGUGGUUGGACCAGGAGGGAUUGAUCAUGAGAAGGACUUGGAGGAGGAUGAGCAAAUGGAGGUGGAUGAGAAGGAAGAAGAAUCCGCCCCCAAUGAACCCCCACCAAAGAUCCCAGAAGAGCCCGCCGAACCCUUUGUAGUUCCAGCCGGUGCAACCAGUGCGUGGCAAUCCUACUCUAACCCAACGGUUAACCACAUGCCCGGAUCCUCAGAUCCAUCUGUAAACGCUUUUCUGAGCGUGAUGCAACAGUCAGCGCCACCAACUCAGCUUUUCGCUGUCAACGAGAGAGGAGGAUUUGCUCCGGCAAGAAAUUCGUUGGCACCUUUGGGCAAAUUCAAGGAUCCCAAAUCGCAUUCGGCACUUCGAGCGGCACAAAAGGCUAGAGAGCAGGAAGCAAGAGAGGCCGAGUGGUUGGCGAUGAAGAAGGAGAAUUAG